AUGGUUCUCCAAGACCUGGGGCGACGUAUAAACGCCGCCGUUAGCGAUUUGACCAGGUCAAAUACAGUUGAUGAAAAGGCACUAGAUGCCAUGAUAAAAGAAAUAUGCGCAGCUCUUCUGUCCGCCGAUGUAAACGUCCGGCUAGUUCAGCAGCUGCGCAAAUCUAUAAAAGCUGCUGUUCAGCUCCCCUCCAUACCCCCAGCAGUCAACAAGAAACGUUUAAUUCAGAAGGCCGUUUUUGAUCAACUGGUUGCGCUUGUCGAUCCACAUGCUGAGCCUUUCAAACCGAAGAAGGGCAAACCGAAUGUUAUCAUGAUGGUUGGUCUACAGGGUGCCGGAAAGACAACCACAUGUACAAAGCUAGCGAGGCACUAUCAGACCAAGGGAUUCAAGGCAGCCCUCGUUUGUGCGGAUACAUUCCGAGCCGGUGCCUUUGAUCAGCUCAAGCAGAAUGCUACAAAGGCGAAGAUUCCAUAUUACGGUAGCUUGACACAGACAGAUCCUGUGGUGGUGUCAUCAGAAGGUGUGGCGAAGUUCAAGAAGGAACGAUUUGAUAUCAUUAUAGUUGAUACCAGUGGAAGACAUCGGCAGGAGGAAGACCUGUUCGAAGAAAUGACGCAGAUUCAAGCAGCUAUAAAACCAGACCAAACUAUCAUGGUACUUGACAGUACAAUUGGUCAAGCCGCAGAGACGCAAUCAGCAGCAUUCAAGUCAGCAGCCGACUUUGGAGCAAUUAUCAUUACGAAGACAGAUGGACACGCUGCAGGCGGUGGUGCCAUUUCUGCUGUCGCUGCAACUCGGACGCCUAUUAUAUUCUUGGGAACCGGUGAACAUAUGCUUGACCUGGAGAGAUUUGCGCCACAACCGUUUGUCCAAAAACUGCUGGGAAUGGGUGAUAUGGCAAGUCUAGUAGAGCAUGUUCAAGCGGUAACAAAGGACUCUGCUGGUGCAAAGGAGACGUAUAAGCAUAUCUCGGAAGGAAUCUUUACUCUACGGGAUUUCCGCGAAAACAUCACAUCAAUCAUGAAAAUGGGGCCCCUUUCAAAAAUAUCCAGUAUGAUACCUGGUCUAUCAAAUAUAACAUCCGGCCUCGACGACGAAGACGGUUCCCUUAAGCUCCGGCGCAUGAUUUAUAUCUUCGACAGCAUGACUGCUCCAGAAUUAGACGGAGAUGGCAAGGUCUUCGUCGACCAGCCUACUAGGAUUGUCCGUCUUGCUUGUGGAAGUGGAACCACAGUCAGAGAGGUUGAAGACCUUCUUUCUCAACAUAAGAUGAUGGCCGGCAUGGCUAAGAAGGUUGGAGGACAAAAGAAGCAGAUGCAACGUGCUCAAAAUAUGCUAAAGGGCGGCAACAAGGAACAACAGAUGGCUGCUAUGCAGAAGAGGAUGGCCGCUAUGGGCGGAGCCGGAAUGCCUAAUAUGCCGGGCAUGGGAGACAUGCAGCAAAUGAUGCAAAUGCUCCAAGGAGGCGGCGCAGGUGGUGGUGGAAUGCCUGGUCUAGGGGGUAUGGACUUGCAGAGCAUGAUGAGCCAGAUGAGUGGUCUCAUGGGAGGUAUGGGAGGUAUGGGAGGCAUGGGUGGAAUGGGUGGAAUGGGCGGUGGCCGCGGAGGCAGCAGCAGACGAGGCCGAUGA